UGUCAGUCUGGCUCUGACCUCCGCGAAGCCCACUCGUUGAAGCAAGCGAAGUAACUUGAGGCGAAGAUGUCUACUCUGACUUCCAUCUCGCUCCUCUGCGUCCUCCUCGGCCUCGUCCUCCAGGCAUCAAGUCGGCCUCAGAACUUAAACGCCGAGACUGAGGACUUCGGCGAUUUCGUCAUCCCUUCGGAGAAACUGGGAUUCAUCAUCGGCGAUAUAACGGUGUUUUCCGACCACGUUAAUGUCGACAGACCCAAGAAGAAAUCCUCCCCUCCUCCCGAAGAAGCCAAGGGGCCUCGCACCCUCGCCCUCCUGGCCGGUCCUGAGGGAGGCGAGGUGGGCGUGGCCGCAGCAUCCCCCGGGAUAAGCAUCUCGGGAGCGAGCAUCACUUUCAACAGCCCGGCCAGAGUAGAGGAAGUUUCGACGCGUUGAUGGCGAUGGUGGUGAUGAUGGUGGUGGUGAUGAUGGUGGUGAUGAUGGUGAAGAGGACAAGGAGGAAGGGAGAUGGUGAUGAUAAUGGUGGUGAUGAUGGUG